AUGGGGGACGAUCCGGCACGGUUAUAUCGCUUGGACGGAGUCGCUCAUAUAGCCGGGGUCAUCAACGAGGAGCCCCAGCGAUGCAUUAGGAGCAUACGGCGGCAGCAGGGCAUGCGACUUGAUGACAGAUACGUUCCGUACUUGCAGAUGGCAGGUCUAUACCAUCUUGCAAGGCUGAACGACCGAUGGUUCCGGCUAGACGAGGCCCUUGUCAGUGCAUUCGUAGAGCGAUGGCGUCCCGAGACGCACACGUUCCAUAUGCCGUUCGAAGAGUGCACGAUCACACUCCAGGACGUGGCAUACCAGCUGGGUUUGCCAGUAGACGGCCGUUACGUGAGCGGGUGCUUGUCAGAGUUCCAUAUAUACAUCGAGGGUGGCCGUCCAGCCUGGGUCUGGUUCCAGGAGUUGCUCGGAGUUAUACCUCCUCCCAGUCAGGUUCAGAAGUACGCAGUGAACUGCAGCUGGUUUCAGGAGACUUUCGGUGAGUGCCCUGAGGAUGCAGAUGAUGAGACUGUGCGCCGAUAUGCCCGUGCGUACAUCAUGAUGUUGUUGGGCACGCAGCUGUUUGCGGACAAGUCAGGGAACCGGAUUCACAUCAGAUGGCUUCCGUACGUAGCGAGGCUGGAGGAGCUGGGUACCUACAGCUGGGGUUCUGCCGCACUGGCUUGGUUGUACCGGUGCAUGUGCCGAGUGGCAAACAGACAUGUCGUCAAGUUAGCGGGCCCACUUCAGCUACUUCAGUCUUGGAUCUUUUGGCGCUUUCCUCGGUUUAGGCCUGCAGGUUAUGAGGAGUUGAGCUGGCCGUUGGUCUCGAGAUGGUCAGGUUACAACCCUUUCGGGAGCGAGAAGGGUCCUAGAGUGCAAAUGUGGAGGCUCAGGAUAGAACGGUUACAGGACAGGGAGGUGAGUAUGCUAGUUAACAAGUGUCCUUUUAGAAUCAAGCAUUUCUAG